CCUCGGGUCGAUUUUCGCGGCAUCUCGCGCAGGUUGAGAUGGUUCAUUGUGCCAAAGCAUUGCCUGUCAAAUUAUAAGUGGAUGGCUUCAUCUUCUGCUCCGCCCGGAUCGACAUAAUGGUUAGCGGAUCAGUACAAUCCUUGCUCAGGUGAAUGCAGUGAAUGGCAAAGGGACAGAAUGCAAUUUGCGUCCAGUGCACCAUCAUGGUGUGCAGACUGAUGUCAUGAAUGGAGAACAUCGCGCUUUAGAACUUUGUCAGUCGUUCGUACCUUAUGGCCAUUAGGAUGUAUUCUUUCGAUAUUGCUGCCUGCAUUUGGCGGUUGCACCGAAAUGGGCGACGAUGGAUGCCUGGAUGUCUACGCUCCCGCAGACUAUCGCGCGUUUGCCGCUCGUGCCUCGAAAUCACACACGUUUCACAUCAAUGCGAGUGAGAGCAACGAACAGUUCUCGCACGUGUUGUUGCAAGAGGAGUCACGAGGGACGAAGCGCAUCGGUGUCCAAGCGAGAAACACCGGGCGCCAAGGCUCGAUUGCUACUCGCGGACAAGCUUGAACGCACGUCAUCUCCUGCUUCCGACGCCGACUCCGCCUUGUUCAAACGACAACAAAGCCUCGCUCAACCUGGAAGUCUCGCGGAGUGAUCAGGAACCUGUCAGAAAUCAGGCGGGCACACCACGUUGCCGACAGGGUCUAUAUCCGGAGUGACGAGGGCAGUGGUCAGGUGCGAGCGCCUCGUGCGGCAUGGCGGCUCUAUCCUGCUUAUCAUGCUUUCCCCACGUUCCAAGCCCCCAAUGCUCGUGCACCUGCAUGGCCAUAGCUACGAUAGCUUGAGCUUGGCUGCACGCGGCCGAGAGAUGAGAUCAAGGCGCGUUGUUGUCAGAAGCCCAUUGAUAACCUUGGCUAGUUGGCGUCAUUCUCUCCUUGUUAUCCCGCAGUGAAGUGAAGCAGCAUAGAAGCCCCACGAAAGGUGAUCCAUCACAAGGCAACGACGCGUCUCAGACAUCA